AUGAAAAUCGAUCUUCUUUCCCCACUUUUCAGACUUUCCAUUAAGAUGUCCGUGCCGGCGCCCAUGAGAUACAACCUAGAGUACUGGACUAAUGCGGGUGAUCUGCAAGAUGCCCGCAGUGGGACAAAUCCUGCGGCGGAUGGACAGGCAAAGGACAUCCGUACUUCCGUAGAUCCGCUGGAUCUUUCAGGGUCUUACCUAAACCAGAAAAUGGCUGUCGCUAAGGAGGUUAAGUUUGAUAUGUUGAGGCGUCUUCGAGUCGCUGAUUACGUGACCUUGUCAAAUGCUCUCUGUGGAGUCCUCGCGAUCUUCGCCUCCACGCAUCAGUUGUUCAUUACAGCUCACAUACUCAUUUUCUUGGGGUAUGAAUUCGAUCGCUUCGACGGAAUGAUAGCCAGAUGGCGGAACGAAACCUCCGAAAUGGGCAAGCAACUUGACAGUUUCUCCGAUCUUGUUUCGUUCGUUUUAGCUCCGGCAUUCAUGCUCUACAGCCUUGGGCUCCGCACGCCAGCAGACCAGGCAAUUCUCACCUUCUUCGUCCUCUGCGGGGUUGCGCGGCUCGCUAGAUUUAAUGUCGUUUCACACUUGACACCCAAGGAUGCACAGGGAAAGUCACUCUACCACGAGGGCCUUCCGACUGCGUAUGCGGCCCUGAUCAUGUCAACGGCUGUGGCUGUCGCUCAGUGGUUGAGCUGGACGGAGGAGGUGAUCUUGAGCGUGUACUUCCCUGGUAUGUGGGGCGAGGUCCAUACUGCCACUGUUUUGGUGGCUGUUCUUGGGGCUGGGAUGAUUAGUAAAAGGUUCAAGCUGAAGCUCGAUGGGGGACUAUCUAUUCCCGCCGCGACAGUGGUUCUCUUUGGCGCUUGUUGGAUGAAAAAGCUGGUGAUUGUGCAGUCUGGGCGGAGGGCGAUGGGCUUAUUUCGGGUGAACCGUAUGGAUGUGCGUAAUUCACAAUCCCUCAGAGCCGUCCGACUCACCUCCCCCUCGGAUCUCAACAAGAUCCAACACUUGGACGUGACCCUCCAAACAGGCCGCGAGAACCUGAUAGUCAUCUACGGCGGAUCCUUCAACCCCCCGCACAAGGGCCACCUAGAUGUGCUCCUCUCUGGACUGCGACCCGAGCUCGGAGCCGCGGCAAUGCUCGUCCUCCCCAGCGAGGAUUUCCAUCUCUGCCAUAAACUCGCCAGCAGCCAAUCGAAUUUCUUUCUCAGUCGAACCCGCCGAGCGGAUCUUCUCGAUGCUAUUCCGGAUAUCCCGAAAAAUCGCGUUUGGGUGUGGAGCAGUACAUGGUAUCCGUUAAAACCAUUUAUGGAAACAGUAGUGCGGCUGACGCAGGCGGAUGGGUUCGAGGUGGCUUUCACGCAUCUGGUUGGACCGGAUAAUUUGAAUCUGGAGAACCCGUUGGACAACUAUCCGUAUGAGUUGCCAAGGAUGCUCGUUUCGAAUAAGGCGAGACAUGUCGCCGAGCAUUCCGGCAGUGAUGGAAGGCCUGCAGCGUGGAAGGGAUUUGAGGAAUGGUCUCGUUCUGACGACGGGGACAACGGCGAGAAUGGGGAUAGAGAAGCGGUACUUUGGACGUGCAUUGGGGUGGAUGAGAGAAACUUGAAGAGGAAAGGCUAUUAUUUGCAAUUUGCGAGGCCUCAUUCUACCGAUAUCAAUUCGACCGACUUGCGAAGGGAUUUGGUCCAAGCCUACCGUCUGGAUGAAGAAAGCCUCAAUCGACUGAGCACUGAAGCUUUAGUUAAGCUUCUGGAGCGACACGGGCAGUAA